GUUUGUUCUUGCAUAUCAACAAUCUUUUCAGCCAAUUCAAGGACGACUUCAAUAUGUCAACUCCUUUGAUUAAUGUUCUUCUAACCUCAUUCCCUGGUCUGGGACUACCGCGUACUCUCAACAUCCAAGUACCCGCUACGUCGACUGUCGCAGAAGUAGAGCAUAUUAUCUCGAGACGGCUACCAGACAAUGCGACAAAUCUAAAUCUAACCACGACCUCGAACAAGCUUCUUUCUUCAUGUAGAGCAGAUCUGAUCACAAGUCUUCUAGAUGAGGGGGGUCCCUUUCUCCCUCUGCGACUCUCCGCAAGUCUUUGCGGUGGGAAGGGUGGUUUCGGCUCCCAGUUACGUGCAGCAGGUGGUCGAAUGUCUUCACGAAAGAAGCGUGGUCAAGGCGAACAAAACGGAUCUGCACGCACUAUUGAUGGGCGUCGAAUACGCACUGUGAAUGAGGCGAAGGCUUUAGCAGAGUACUUGGCCAUCAAGCCUGAAAUGGACAAGCGCGAGCGAGAGGAGAGACGUAACAGGCUUGAGGAGAUUGUGCGGAGCACAGAGGCGCGGAAAGCUGAAAUACUCAACGGUAGCAAGGGCCGUAUGGAUGGAGAGUGGCUAGAGUCGAAGGAGGAGGCGGCCGAAAAGGCCAGGGAGGCUGUCUUGAAGGCGUUGCGGGAGGGUGAUAUAAAAGGUGUCUUUGGGGAGGAACAAAGAGAGAGCGAUACUAGCGGGAGUGCUUCAGACGAAGGAGAAGGAAGUGAAAGUGAGCAUGAAAAAUUGGAGGGUUCAACGCAGGAGCGACUUGUAAAACCGGCACAAACGGCACCAAGGAGAUAUUUUGGAUGGGACGAGGAUGAGCUGAGUGACAGCGAGGAAGAAGAGGAAGAGAUACAAGACAAGGGAGAGGUUGACGAAAUGUCUCCCGAGACAAUAGCCUCGAGAUCGAAGGGGAAAGCCAAAGUCUGAAAUCAGGGCUUCAUACUAUCCUAGUGCAGUUGUGCGCUCAUGUUUCCAAGUGGCAGUCCUAUCCCCACAGUCUUACAUAUUCAUAUCAAGCUCAAACCCAGUGCCAACGUCGGUGGAGAAAAGUCAUGGCCUGUGCUAUUUUAAGUGUGGCCAAUUCUGUUGUUGGUAGCGACAAUGACGAUCUUUGAACACUCUUGCGACGUCGACGAUUGCGCCACUGGAUCACAAGUUCAAGCGCUGGAUGACUUCCGUCACACGGGUAAGUCACAGCCGCACAUACAGUACUCUGUCGAAAUAUGGCUAUCGAGCAGGAACUGGCGAAGUCCAUCACUUAACUCAGCUCUUUCGUACUCAGUACGG